GCCUGGUGCCUUACCGUUACGCGACGUGCGAACGCAUCAUGGCUGUUACCUCGGAUGUUCCUUCCUGUAAUUGCAUUCUCAUUAACCAUUCACCUUGAUUCCUCCACACCUCACAUCCCAAUUGACCAUUUCCACAAUCCAAUCUCGAACCCAACCCCGAACAACUAUCUACACAUAAUGCUUCGCACCUUCGCAUCCAGGUCCUCGCGGACACUAUGCGUUGUCAGCGUUCGACCGUUCUCCCAGUCCGCUGUCCAGCGCGUCGAGGGAUACCCUAACAAUGCUUCUACGAACUCGAAGACCAAGACCGAUAUGCUGCCCGAUGAUGAGCACAGCGUGAACAAGGCAAAGAAGGGCGAUAAGAAUGAUGUCCAGACGAGCAAUCUGGCGGAUGGCCUCGAUAGCGCAAAGGAAGGCUCUGGCGGCCAUGCAACCGAGGGCAGGGACUCUUCUGGCGGCAAGGAGAGGGCGAAGAAGGAGUUCCCUGAGGCACCGGACCCAGCGAUCGGUAUGCAGGAUGAGAGGGGCGGUCGUGGUGGGCGGUGAAGAAAGGGAGGCAAGGAAAGAUGGAGAUGGAGGGGGUUGGUGUACAAUAUCGAAACUUGAAACGAAUAAGAACAUGAUGCGCCAUUGGGGGUGGACACCCAUGUGCGUGACGAUCGUCAGAUGUACGCUUGCACGUUGGCUCUCGUAGGUACUUCCCCGAGUAUAAAG